CUGAAUUAGUGACAAGACUAUUGAUCACCUACAUGUGAAGCUAUAUCCCCUGUCCCUGCUUCCAUUUCGUCUUAAGAGCAGAAUGCUCCCGGUCUCCCUCCCCCUCUGUCAGAGGGUUUCUGAUCGACGAACAAAUAUGGCGUUGUCCUCGACUAUCGAGAAGGACAUUGCUAUUGCAUGCAUAUGUUCCGCUCUGAUACUAUCGCGAUGCGGCUAUCGUGUUUAUCACUGGUACAAGGGCCAUGCAGGUUCACAUAGAAUCUGGCAUGCCGACGAUAUUUACAUGGCGGUUGCCCUAUUGCCUCUUAUUUCGCGCACCGUCUGUAUCACUCUCUCAUUCCUCUUGAACCCCUCCAGCUCACGCGAACCUGCAACGAAAGAUGAGGCGGCAGCCCAGCACGUAAGUGUUGAGAAACUCGAACAUGAUCGGAUUGUUGGGCUUCAAUUACUGGUUGGCACCCGAUUGAGCUACACUCUGAUUCUUUGGAUUUUGAAAGCAGCCCUGCUCUCAUUCUACUCACGCUUUGUUCGGGUGACAAACUGGGGCAAGACAACAGUCAAGGUGCUAUGGUGCCUCUUGUUUGUUUCUUGUCUUGUUGUUAUUGUAUCGAUACUAGCCGAAUGUCGCCCGAUUUCGUUGAUGUGGAGGCUCACUUCUAAGGAAACGCGUACGUCUCCAUUUUCUUGUUGCUCUACGAUAUUAACCCUGAUUUGCAUUAAUGAGACUGAUGUAUGACAGAGCCCGUCUGCCAGAAAGGCAUGGUUUACUUCUUCGCUCUGGCAGUAGGCAAUAUCAGCACAGAUAUUGCACUACUGAUACUGCCUUUCCCGACCCUUGCAGUGGCGAGAUUAAAUACGAGAACUAAGAUCCAACUUGGAGUCUUGUUCAGUAUCGGCCUUUUGGUCAUUACCAUUACAAUUGUUCGAAUACCGCUCAUUCUCAACGAUGCCAUGUCUCAGAAGGCUCGAUCUACUGUAGGUGUUCACUGCCGGAGCCCACUUGUAUGAAUAUGGUGUCUGACUUCAAUCAGUGGGCGACUAUAGAGAUUCUGUGCAGCUUCAUCGUGGCAAACACGCCUUUCUUUUAUGGACUUUUGAGAGAGCUUGGGCAGCACAAGGGCACACAUCCUUCAGUGACAAAUCCAAGCCGAUCAGAGGGUCCAUUCUAUCUGCAGAGCAAAGGAGCAGAUCACCGCACCUAUGAGCUACAGGCUGCAACCAGUGAUGGGAAUAAUAACUCACAGGAGCUGAUCAUAAUGCCAUAAUAGUAAAUCUUCUUAAAUAUAAUUAUCAAUAAUAUUAAGAUUCAUCCCGAAUCGCCAGUCGCUGACAUGUAAUCAAGUUCUACCUACACGGGAAGGAGAUGGCAAAAUCAGCUCCAUCCUCACAGACACUUUGACGCUUACCAGCUGCGUAAGGCCUUAUAUAUACCCCCAAAGGGAGCCACCACUAAUGAAGUCAAAGUCCGCAAGUACUUCAAGUUAUUCAACGACUGCGGAAGCAAGUCUCUCAAUCAUGGAAUUGGUAUUGAUGGAGUUAUUUUCCUUGUGUCUUGACUAGGUGGGUUCUUGGCUUGGUAAGAUUGGCUUUUGGGAUGCCGAGGUUGUUAUGCUUAAGAUAUUUAGGUAUAGGCCUUUUAACAGGACAUUGCAGUAUUUCUUCAUUGGUAGUACCAUCUCCUAUUAAUAAAACAUACUUCAUACAGCCUUCUGUCUUAUCAUAAACUCAGAAAAGAACCCAUCAAGCUCAUCAUAAUUAUCAAGCUCUCCCACAUACGACACAUACUGAUCAGGCCGCAAGAUAACCACACAGCCCUCAUCAGGUUUGAUUCCAAACGUCUCGUACAGUCUACCAUGUCCCUCAUGAUAAGACUCAUCAUCAACAAAUAUCUUGUUGUAAUCCCAGCCGUCAACCUCGUGAUACGGACGGAGAACCUCUGGAAAGUCGAAGAUCUCGUGGUCUUGGCGUUUCGAGGCAUGUACCGUAAUAACUUCAAUCACGGAGUCGUAUCGAGCGGAUGGUGGUGUGAAGCGCUUGAUGAAUGAAGAUUCAGCUGAGAGCUUGUCGCACAGUGUCUUCAUUCGCUUGUUCUGGUUGUCGAGGUCGAUAUCUCCGGGGAAGACAAGGAGUCUCCAUGCUCCAUUACUUCGGAGAAGUUCUUGCAGAUGCCAAGGUCUAGCGUCAGCUUGGUUGAGAACCUUGACGCUGGGCAUACGCAUUCCGAGUUUGAUCUCUGGUGCCAAACC